GGAGAGGGGGCCCUUGCGUCUUUUUUGUGUACAUGUAGCUGAAGACAGAGCGUCGAAUACUCUCCUUUCCCCGUACUUUGUUGGACUUUGACGCCCGAAACCAACAAACUCGAGGAGUUCGCUGGGUGGCCAGAGGUUCAUGGGCAGCUCGGAAUUUAGAGUUGAGUUCGAUUCGGAGUCCAUUCAGUUGUAACGCCAGCGAUUCAUCAAGGACAGAGUUCGGAGCCAUGAAGAUUCCAAAACUUCCACAGGAAAUCAAAGAUGCUGUCCAGGGAAAGAAGAAACCAGAGGAUGGACUGGCCAAGACUCUCGAAGCGCUAGCUAGAGCACCCCCUUCACAACAAUGCUGUGUGGGACUCGCAGCUGGACUGGUAAAUGGCUUUGUCUUCGGUCGCCUCGGGAAGAAUGCUGCUGUCAUUGUCGGUGGGAGCUUGGUAAUGCUUCAAGUGGCGUCAUACAUGGGCUACAUCAAGAUAAAUUGGAAGACUAUUGAAAAAGAUCUGGGUGAAGUCAAGAAGGAGAUCGCGAAGCCCGCUUCCUAUGGUCCCAUGUUCGAGACUGCCAAAGAUUUCCUGAUGGAUCACGUGUACUUGGGAGGUGGAUUUGUCGGCGGCUUCGUCGUGGGCCUCGUCACUUCGUAAGAAAAUCUCGACGGAAGGAUCCGGGGCGGACUCUCUCGGCGAACACAUCUUCCCCUCCCUCAGCGUGGAGCUUCCAAUGUAAACUUCACCGCUCCCGAGUAGAUUCGGAAUCUUAAUUCUGUGAAUCAUUAAAUCCUGCGCCCUGCAAAAGCCGAAAGCGCUUCCGUUUGUCGAAAAACUCAGAAAUCGGGAGACACCCCAUGAGAAUCACCUCUCAGCUCUAGAAUAAAGAGGAUACCUGCGAUU